GAUAUCUCCUCGAUUCCGCGAUAUACCAUGGUACAUGGAAACAAAAGGGUUUGUACCAGUAUUUAUUGAACAGCUCUAGUACACACAAUUACACAACCUACUGGACAGAUUCAUCGCAGCAAUUUUUCAUGAAUAAUCAACAAUCUUUGAAGCUCAAUCAUUCAUGCGAAGGAUAUGGAAAGUAUUAACACUAAAAUGACUGACAGACAACAACAUAUGAAUAACACAGAAAAAGAUACAAAAAAAUUAAAGAGUAAGAAUAAGACAAAGAAAGAACUGGCUGAAGAUUUUGCAUCCAAUACAUCUGCUCAUGGAUUUGCACAUUUAGUAACCUCAAAAUAUGGGGUUUUACAUGUGCUUUGGGUCAUAUGUAUCAUAGCAUCGGGAACAGGAAUGCUGUAUGGAAUAUUUUCAAGUUUUGUCAUUUAUUUAAACUUUCCUACCAAUGAAAUUGUAUCAAAGUACACCACAAAACAAGACUUUCCGGCUGUAACACUGUGCAAUGUAAGCCCUGUGUCUGCCUACAAAGCAAAAUUAAAAAACAGAGUGAAUUUACAAAGUUUUAUAGAGUAUGCUCAGUUUCUAAUGAAGUAUGAUACAUUAAAAACCAUUCCAGGUUUUGAAGAAUUCGAGGAAAGAUUCAAAAGUUCGGAAAGUAUCAUGACAAAUGUGAACUUUGGAUAUUGGUCUCUACAAAGUCAUAAUUGGACUGAUAUUAUCCUUAGUUGCAAAAUUAACUCUAAACCAUGUCCUCGUGAUAAUGACUUCUUUAAGCACAUUAUGAAUCCUUCAUUUGGUAUAUGUGUCACUAUAAAUGGGAACCAAUCUGCCGAAAAAAUCAAAAUUUCAACAUCAGGGCCGACACGUGGUCUUAGUAUGUUAGUUUUCUUGGACACUUAUCGAGAAGGAGUAGAUAAUGUUAUGUAUGACACAGAAUCUGUGAUACAGGGGGGUUCUGGUUUAUAUGUCCAGGUUCACCCCCCUGAGAUUCAGCCUGACCCCGUUACUAAAGGAGUGCAGAUAAUGCCUGGGCAGUCUACAAGUAUAAGGAUCAAGACACAUGUGAACAAAUAUCUAACAUAUCCCCAUGGUAACUGUACCAAACCUUUCUUUAUAGAUGACAUAGGAUAUGCCCAUUCUGAGACAUUGUGCAUGGGGAUUUGCAAACAGGCACUAACUCGAGAGAAAUGUGGCUGCACAUCAUUGGGAGAGCCCCAUGACUCUAAACCAUAUACAUUAGGACUAAAAAUGACAGGAAAUCUUAGCUAUUGUGGUAGGUUUGAUAUAGAAAAUGCACUGUCUCCUCAUCCUAAUAUCACAGAAUUGGAUCAACUGUUCGAAACACUGAGAUGCCAGCAAAAUAUAAAUUUAAAUUUCUACUCGGAAAAUGACAAGAAAUCGUGUGCUUGUUUCCCACCCUGUAUGGACACUACAUAUGAAAUCACAACAUCUGCAAGUGCCUGGCCAGAAGAAAUGUACAUGAAAGCUAUUUACGAUCACUACAUAAACAAUCGUCCUGAUCGCGAUGACCUCACUGCCUACAACUCAAUGAAACACUUAAACAUCUCAAGUGAAGUUUGGAAACGUCACAUGAAAAAGAACAUCCUGCGGCUUAACAUCUACUUCAAGGAUUUAGAGAUCAUAUUAACAGAACAAGACGAGAGUUUCACAUUUACAGAGAUGCUGUCAUCAAUUGGUGGUUUCUUUGGAUUCUAUAUGGGGAUAUCAGUCCUUACAGCUGGGCGGCCAAACCAAAAUAUGACGUCACGAUUAUCACUACGCGCCGGUGAUUAAAAAAUCACGGCAUAUGUCCAGAAUCCCCACCUCCCGAAUAGAUUUUCUAAUCCUGCAAAAACUACUGAAUAUUUACACUUUAUACUUGGCAGAGACAUAAAGUAUAGUUUCUUUUUACGAUUUAAAUAGGUUUCGAUCGCGCGACUUCUAUAUAAGUAGGGUAAUUGCAACUUUCAUUGCGAGAAUUUUGAAGACCCCUUGAAACAAUCGAAUAAAAACCACUAGUUCGGUUCUAGUUCGGCAGUUUGAACUGUUGUUUUCAACUUGAACAUGUAUUUCACGGUGUAAUUUUAUAAGUUAUGACGCGAGUGGUCUAUGUCCCUUCAUAUAAGUGUGUCUGGGUCUCUACUAGACAUGUUCGCUGGACAUUUAGUUGAAGUGAGUUGUCCUUAUCGGGGCUGACUCGAUUUGGAAUCAGCUGAAUGGCGAUUUUCCUUCUGACAUUCGAUGAGUUUAGUGAGCUAUGCAACCGACUUGUUCUUGGUAAAUCGCCUUACCAACGAGAUAAAAGAAAGUCUGUGCCAUAUAGGUACUGCACAUACCUUAAAACUGCAUAACACGCGCGAUUAUUUGUAUUUAAUCGGCUACCUGGCUACCGUCUCCUGAUGUCUAUUCUAGAGUGAGCAACUACAUGUACUUCAUUCCACAGGAAUGUUGGGCAAUGAUACCGGUCACUGAGUACAGUGACCCAAAAGGCAAAUUAUAACAUACCGAUUACUAGUAGUACCCGGUUACCAUCGAAAAUAAAAAUUCUAUUGGUAAAUGUAACUAAA